CACUCCCUUCUUCCUCCUUCCCCAGACUCCGCCCCCUCCGCUCCUUCCACUUCUUCUCCCCACCUGCACGCCCGAGAGACCCACCGCUUCGGAGGAGAAGCCAUUGCAUCGCCGCCGCCGCCGCCGCCCCGGCUCGCGCUGACUUAUCCCUCGUCGUCUCUGGAUUUUCACCCGAGGCCCUUCCUGAUUUCUCGGACAGGAAAAGGAGGCUCCUUGACUUUGAUCAGUUCCGGGGAGGAGCCGGAGGGGGAAGGCGAUGGUGGUGAGUUGAUAAGGUGCUGCAGAGAUACAGGGCGAUGGGGAGCUGCGCGGGUGAGGAGGAGUGGCCCGGCGGCGUGACGGGGGCGGACGCCGAGGUUGGGGCGCUUGUCUGGGUGCGCCGCCGAAACGGAUCCUGGUGGCCGGGCCGGAUCCUCGGCAUGGAUGAGCUGCCCGAGAACAUCGUUAUCCCUCCGCGUUCCGCCGGCACCCCCAUCAAACUCCUCGGCCGCCCCGACGGAAGCAUUGACUGGUAUAAUCUUGAGAAGUCUAAGCGUGUGAAGUCAUUUCGGUGUGGAGAAUAUGAUGAAUGUAUAGAAAAAGCCAAGGCUCUAGCUCGCCAGCAAAAGAGGACACAGACUGAAGGGAGGUAUGUUCGCAGAGAGGAUGCUAUUAUCCAUGCCCUUGAAAUUGAAAGGUCCCGAUUUCCAAAUAACUGUGAUGAUCUUGAAGAGGACACCGAUGAUGAUGUGUGUGCAUCCCAGAAUAUCUAUUCUGCAAAAUCUAAAAACAUAAAUGGGCUCAACAAAAAAUCUUCUAAUGGGGCAAGGAGUCUGUAUGAUAUAGAAGAGAGUUCAGGUCAAGAUAUGUCUCAAGCCUUGACAAUGUACAAGCAGCCACAAAAUUUAUCCUCUUCAAGCACUAGGUAUGCAUCAUCAAAAAAGAAGAAGCGUAAAGGACGUAAAGAUUUUGAGGAUGAUACAGUUCAAGGAAUCCAGCGUAUGCGAGAUCUAAGGGAGAUUGGAACAAAUAAUGUUACCAAUCAGAAGUCUGGUGCAGGCAUAUUUUCAGAUGUACCUCUUCUUGAAAGUGGAUCAAGCUUUGGCUAUGAUUUGUCCAGUGCCAAUGGGAUAAAAAAGGGUAAGCAAUCUCAUUCAUCAAUUAAAAAGAAACGCUCCAAUAUUGGGCAAUCCUAUGAAAAUUCGAGGAAGAAAGAUAGGCAUCAUCGUCCUCUAUCAAAGUUAUGUGAAGAUUCAGAAGUGUCUGGAACAUAUUAUCACUGGGACCCUUCAGGCCAGUCUUCUAGUCAGUACCCGGGAGGUCAGAUGCCUAAAAUGUUUGAACCAAGUAAGGCAAAAACUAUUUUUUCAACAGAUGUAAAUAACUGUUCCAACAGCUCAGGCACUUCAAGUUUGGAGACGUUAUUAGAUACAUCACACAACAACCACAAAGAUUCUGCUAAGGCUGUUACAGUAAAGGAUGCUGAGGCCCCAUGCACAACUAGAUUUCGCGAUGAGGACUGCUCUGAUGGUGAUGCAUCUUUUCAUGAUGUUCUGGAGGAAGGCCAUUUUGAUACUUAUGGAUCUUGUAUGUCCACAAAGGAUCAAAUUUCAGAGCCAAAUAAUCAAACUACUGACUGUGGCAUAGUUGGCACAUCUUCAACUCGGCAUCAUAGAAAUUCAAAGAAGAAAAACAUAAGCUCUGCUACUCUGAUACCUAAAGAAAGCCACAAGAAGGAUAAUAAUUCACUGCUUCAGCAGUAUGAAGGGACAAUAAAAUUGGACGGUGGUGUCUUUAGGCCUACUGAACUUGAGGAUAAUUUACAACAUGCGACUCCUGAGCAUGAAGAGUCCUCUGAAACUAUAAGCAACCAUUCAAACUCUGAGAAGGGUACAACAUCAUUCCCAUAUUAUGUUCCGCUGCAAGUACUACCACCGCCUGAACAGCAGCCUGAUCUGAAACCUCCAAGAUGCCCUGUAACGAGGCCACCAACCAAGAGAGCACAUGCAGACUAUAGAUUAUAUGAUGUUGAGCUGACUGUCCAAAGAAGCUACAAGGGUCAUCCCGUGCCCCUUGUUUCCCUCAUGAGUAAAUGGACAGGUCAACAAAUUGUGGGGUACCCUGCCACUGUGGAGGUUUUGGAGGAUAGUUGUCCGGCAGCAAGUAGAGAUGAGCACCGCCCGGCAAUGGGCAGUCUUGAUUCUUUACUAAAGAGCAGACUUACAGAGCCGCGGCAAGCAAGAUCUUCACAUGCAUCACGAUCAAAAUCUAAGUCUAGUGGUCGUAAAAAGGCCUCGGAGCACGACUUGGACAAGUCCUGGCGGCCUCACACCAAGAAACCAGCAUCUUCGCCGAGGAAAAUGCGGAGGCUCUCAUCUUUCGCUGGCAGCCGGAGGGAGAGCGGAGACAGAAAGCCUGUGGUUGCGAAAACUGGUGGACCUACUGUCGCGUGCGUCCCACUUCGGCUUGUUUUCAGUAGGAUCAACGAAGCACUAAGCUUCCCAGUGAGACAAGAAAACCCCACCUGAAGGUUGUGGCGGGCUGGAGAGCACCUUUGCUUGGCAGAGAUAGCAUGUGGGCAGGCAUAUACAUUUGCUAGGUUUACUUUUGUACAUUAGUUAUCCUAUAAUCUAAAAUCUUAAUGCCUGGCAUGUUUACAUCAGUAUCAUGUCCUUGUAAUCUGUAAACGCAAUAGGUGGUUAUUACUUACCCUCCUCGAGAUUCAGGUGGAACAGCCAAUGGUGGGAGGAAAUAAGGGGAAUCAGUUGCUGUGGUUUCUUCUGAUGGUGUAAGAGAUGGCAGCAUCCUGUUCGCUAUACGUCUUAUACAGUUCCAUGUUAUAUAUACAAAUAUGAUAUAUGCCAGCA